CCAGGGGUCUGGGAUGUGCUCAGGGAGGAGACCAAGAGUUUGGGGCACCCCUCGGAGCUGCCCCCCGAACCCGCCCCCGACUACGAGGGGAACGAGGAGUUCCUGCGCCGGGUUCACCACGUGCUGCUGGAGGUGGAGGUGCUGGAGGGGGCCCUGCAGUGCCCGGACUCGGGGCGGCGCUUCCCGAUCUCCAAAGGGAUCCCCAACAUGCUGCUGAGCGAGGACGAGGCCUGAGGGGGGGCCCCAAUUUAUGGGGGAGGGUCCCCAAGGACUGGGGGGGGCUCCCCCGGAGUGGGAUUGAGGCGUUGGACCACCCCCCAAAUAAAAGAGUUCUUUUAUUCGUGUGGAAAAAUUCCAGA